AUGCGCCUCCGUCACUCAACUCUCGUUACCGUGUUACUCGUGUGCGUCGCACUGGUCGUCGACGCCAAGGAGUCAAGCGAUGCGAAGAUGCCUACACUCGAUUCUGCGUCUUUGUCACGUAUAGCCACCGAUAAUCUGGCUGAUCGAUCCUUGAGAGCUGGAGACAAAGUGGAAAAGAAUGACGACGGAAAUGCCAACAGGGAAGCAGCAGCCACUGAAGAGAUGGGAGGACUUCCUGGACUCCCUCAAGUAAAGGGAUUGGGGGCGACGGUGACGUCAAAGGCCAAGAUGCCCGAGCAAUUCAAACUCUGGCUCCAGUAUUCCUACUCGAUGGACGAGACCUUCAAGAUCCUGAAGCUAGACGACGAGGCGUCCAAGCUGCUAGCAAACCCACACCUGAAAACUUGGAUGUCUUACGGCCGAGUCGUGGGGGAGGAAAACAAAUUGACGGAGUCGCCAGUUAUCACAGAUCUGCUCAAGCGAUUCGGCGCGGCGAAACUAUCGGAGACAAUUGAAGCAGCGAAGAAAUCCGUUUGGACGAAGACUAUUGCCGAGGAGUUGCAAGACCUGCUGCUUAGUCACUGA